GGCACAGACUAACGUAAAUGAGACAAAAGUAAAACAUUCUGUAGGACAAUUAACAAAUAAAUUUUAAUAAUACAAGAUUCUGCAAUACCUCUGUGGAGCGAAAAUUCUUUGGCUGAUAGAGGGCGGUUAAUGUAACAUGCUCAGCGUCCCUGCACAGCAGAAAGCAAAAGGAGAAAUGGAGAAGGGCAAUGAUAACGAUGAGAAUAAUAAUAAUAAGUGUGCAACUGGUACUGUGACGGGUGGGAGCAGCUGGGAAAACGGAGACGUGCACUCUUCUGUGGAGGUGGAUACAUCUUCUUCUCCAUCACCCCACCUCCUCUUUGAUUUCCACCCCGGCCAAGUGGCGAGCAUUAUCAGGAGGAGGGCAAUGAUAAAACAGUUGGCAGCUUCAUAUCAUGCAGAAUGUCUAUCUUAUUGUCGAGAAUUAUUGGAGCUUCAACGGAGGUGGGAGCAGAUCAGUUCAUCUUUAAUGGCAAGAUCAACAAAAUCUAUAAAACAAAUCAGAGGAAAAUUUACAAUCAGCAAAAUAAAUGGCAGGUUAGCACAAUGUCACUGGGGAAGUAAUGCCUCAAAAAGGGAAAAUGAAUGAUGACUAAACUUCAAGCCCAGAUGCUUACUGUUGAAUAUUUUAAAGUAUGCCAAUAGCAUAAUGUAAUGCGAGUGUAAUUAAUGAAGAGGAGACGAAUGAUUUUUGUAUAUGUUGUAGUAAGCAUAUUUACAUGAUAAAUGCUAAAUCUGUUGUUAAUCCUUAUUAAAUGAGAUAAACAUUAUUUUUAGUCGAGCCAUUGUUUUUGUAACGUUGGUCUUCCUUGAAUUGAAUAUGUGGGUAGCAUGAUCAAUUUGACUUUUUUUGUGUUAA